UUGUCCUUGAUAUCCCGCCAGAACUGUUUAAUUGGUGUACAGUCCCAUGUGGCAUGCAUAUAGGUGUCAGUAGUGUUUUGUGUACAAUAAGGACAAAUUUAAGUGUCUAUAAAACCCAUUUUGAACAUCUUUUCCCCAUGUGUAGUGUACUCAAUGAAUGAUCUUAUAUCAUAUGAGCUGGAUAUUCGUGUUAGAGGAUAGAGAGAAGAUGGUUUUGCAGAUUUGAGUCCAGAAGUCGGCACUGGGGUCAAUUUGUAGAUCAUGUUCCAAUUUUUUGGUAGUGACGGAUAUUGUUAAGUCAAAUGUGGAAUUAUCUUGUAGAUUUUAGAUUUUUUUUUUGUUUUAGUUGUGAUGUUGAUUAGGUUUGAUGGUAACAGAGGUAAUUCCAGGUUAGAUGAUUUGAUGUUGAUUUUAGUUUGAAUGGAGGACUUAAUCAAUAGAAAUUCUAGAAAGUCAUUCUCCUCAAUGCUGUACUUCUAGCUGCUGCAAGUAGUUCCUAGAAGAUGGUGAAUAAAGAUGGGGAGAGUGGGCAUCCUUGCCUGGUACCCCUGUACAGUGAAGCAUUGUGAUGUGAUGUUCUAUGAGGAUAUGACUUGUGUCUUUCAGUUUUUUUUAGUAUUUAAUAACUGCAUCUCAUCUUCUUUUCUGUUUUCUCCACUAAUAGAGAUAUCUAACCACGAGACAGCACUGUUAAUCAUAUAUUAUAUUUCAAGUGAAAAUAAGUUUUACUUUGUAACCUCAGUGUGAAAUAUAAUCUGUCCAUCUUGUGGUAAAGUCACCAUAAUCACCUCUAAACUGCAAGGAGACUUCAAAACAUAACUGGCUGUCCUGCAGGAAGAGGUGGAUGAAUACUUGGAAGAGGAGGUUCCACAGUAAAAAAAAACUGAAAGUAAGUCGACAGAACUGAAGACAACGACAAACAACUGUGAUUUCAGGCUUUCAGGUCAAAAAUACAACAGGCCCUCUGCACACCCGACAUGGCAGCCAACAGUCUCUUUUCUGAAGAAGUUCUCUGUGACGUCUGCACUGAAACCAAAUUGAAGGCCUUGAAGUCCUGCCUGGUGUGUCUGACUUCAUACUGUGAGACUCACCUGGAGCUUCACCAGAAAAUCACAUUUAUGACAAGACAUAAGCUGAUUGAUCCUGUGAAAAACCUAAAAGACAGAAUGUGUAAGAAGCAUGAUCGACCUCUGGAGCUGUUCUGCAAGACUGACCAGAUAUGUGUGUGUCAGUCCUGUGCUGAGUCAGAUCACAAGAGACACCACAUCAUUCCUAUGAUAGAAGAAUAUGAAGGGAAGAAGGCUGAGCUGGGAAAGACAGAGACUGAUGUUCAGCAGAUGAUUGAAGAGAGACGACUGAAGAUUCAGCAGAUCAAACAGUCAGUAAAGUUCAGCAAGGAAGAUGCAGACAGAGAGACAGCAGACAGUGAGAAGGUCUUCACUGAUCUGAUCCAGUCUAUUAAGAGAGAUCUGGCUCAACUCAUUGACAUGAUUGAGGAGAAGCACAAAACAACAGAGAAACAGGCUGAAGGCUUCAUCAAAGAGCUGGAAGAGGAAAUGUCUGAGCUGAUGAAGAGAUGUGCUGAAGUGGAGCAGCUCUUAUGUACUGAAGACCACCUCCAGUUCCUCCAAAGCUUCUCAUCCCUGAACCCUGCUCCAUCCACCAAAGACUGGACAGACAUCAGAGUUCAGUCAUCAUAUGAGGAGACUGUGAGGAGAGCUGUGGCUCAGCUGAAGGACACACUCAGUAAGGAGCUGGAGAAGCUGCGUGUUCAUUUUGAGCUGAGGAGGGUCCAGCAGUUUGCAGUGGAUGUUACACUGGAUCCUGAUACAGCACAUCUUCAUCUCAUCCUGUCUGAUGAUGGGAAACAAGUCAGUCAUGGUGAUGUAAAACAGAUUCUUCCAGACAACCCAGAGAGAUUUUCCUCAGCUUUAGGUGUGUUAGGAAAGCAGCGUAUGUCUUCAGGAAGAUUUUACUUUGAGGUUCAGGUUAAAGAGAAGACUGACUGGAUUUUAGGAGUGUCCAGAGAGUCAAUAAACAGGAAGGGCUACUUUAUAUUGUCCCCUGAAAAUGGCCAUUGGACUGUGGGCUUAAUGAAGGGAAAUGAGUACAAAGCUCUUGCUGGUCCGUCAGUCUGUCUCCCUCUGAGGUCAAAGCCUGAGAAGGUGGGGGUGUUUGUGGAUUAUGAGGAGGGCCUGGUCUCCUUCUAUGAUGUCGAUGCUGCAGCUCUCAUGUAUUCCUUUACUGACUGCACCUUCACUGAGAAACUCUGCCCAUAUUUCAAUCCCUCCCAUAAUGCUGACGGUGAAAACUCCCCCCCUCUAGUCAUCUGUCCUGUCAGUAACACAGGUUAGACUCAUCAUUUCAUUUCCAAAGAAAGUGUGCCCUGUCACUCUAGUUAAUGUGGUUAUUGGUAUAUUCUAAACAACCUCUUAUUUUUAUGUAUCCAGUUAAUACAGUUUGCAGAAAAAUAUUAAUCACUGAAGUUCAAUCUCAUGUCUCCUUAUGUAAUUAUGUUGACGGAGAUUAAUUAUACACACAUCAAGUAGGUGCAAGGCUAUCAGGAAACAGCAUCAAUGUAAAAGGUAACACCUGCACACUUACUCCAGGCCACAAAAGUUUAAUAAUGACGUUUCGAUCCUACUUAGAUCUUCGUCAGGUCAGAGUGUUUAAAAAAUGGAAAACACAACCAUAUUUAUACAUCAUGCACACCAAUAGGCUGACAAGUUCUAUGAUGGCAAGUGUGCUUAAACAUCCAAACCACUCAGGGUGUUAAACAUCCAAAAACAAUGAACAAUUCAAUAAAGUACAUAGAAGACACAGUGAUACAAAAACCAUACUUCAAAAUAUCAAACAUGCAUCUUAAUAGUGCUGUCUAGUCUUUCUCUAUAAUCCAAUUCAAAUUUCAUCCCUCAUUAUUUUAAUAUUUGAAUUUUAAAUGCUCAAAUUUUGCCUAUUAUUAAUAUUUACUAUGUACCUAUACACUGUAUACACAGGCUUAUGCAUUGCCAAUGCCACUAUCAGCAGGUGGUUGUUAUACAUUCUGUCCACUAGAGGUCAUUCCAACAUUACCAAUAAAUAGGUGAUAGCUUUCUUGCUAAGUAACAAUUAAGCUUAGGCGCAAAAUGAAUCAUGUUAAUCAAAAUAUUAAAUAAGCUUUCAUCAUAUAUAUAUUCAUAGUAAUUAAACUACACAUUUAACUGAAAUAUAUAUAAAUCCACGUCAGCAUGCGCUUGUUUACAUCAAUACAUGACAUGUUAUUUUGGGUCAGGAUGCAGUGCAAGUCUAAAUGAUAGUGUGAGUAAGAGCUGUGUGUCCAAACCCUGCACUGCAGUUGCAGCACUGAUCAUUCAGGCUCAAGUCUUUUACUGUGGGCCUGCUUUUGUUUCAUUUUUACAUUUGUGGACAGAAAUCCAAACACUUUCCACACAUCGCUUCUUAAAUGGUCAGGAGUGGUGAUCUCCCUGAGUGCAUCGCUUCCUGCCAUUUCUGAUAUUGUGACAUUACGUUAGCACAAUGAAUGUGAGAUUGUGAUUCAGUCAGACUCAGAAAAUGUUAUUGUUCAUCAGUAGCAGGGUUUUCACUAGUGUAUUGCAAGCCUGGCUGCCAGGCCUGAGUUGACCCCCACCAGGCCUGAGCAUCAGGGAUUUUUAAAAAAAUGUAUUUUAAGAUGUUUUUUUAAACUAAAAUGUGUUGUACAAGUAGAAUAGCUCCUCUAAGGAAUAGCUCAGUGCAUAGCGAGUGUGUGGUCUAGAGAGAGAGAGAGAGAGAGAGAGAGAGAGAGAGAGAGAGAG